GGCUAAUCAAACAUUCAUCUCAGGGCCUUACAUAACCACACCACUAACUAUAGUGUAGGCUAAUGCUACAAGUAGUCGGUUGUUAUACGGCUUAAUGUCUGGUUGGUCUGUAAAUCGCUGCCGACUGAGCCUUGCGCAAGACUUAGUCUUGACCGUAGUCCACAAACACGAACUAUAGCCUAGGCUAUGUGAACUUUCCCCUGUUGAACAGAGAACGUUGACUCCCCUCCGACGAACUUCCAAACAAAUAAUGCAACAGCAUUUUACAACUAUAGCCUAACUGAUCUGUUAUUGAGCUCCAACUAAAGUUACCAACAUGCGAAAACGACCCGAUAAAUCAAGUGAAGUGCAUCAGGAAAAAAGCCACUUCAAAGUGCAAGAAAGGCAGUCUUCGAGGUCUAAAAGGGGCACUAGGGUAUUGGUGCAAAUGGUGGUGACUAUUGGUAUUUUGUACUUGUGCAUACCUGUUGCACAGCGACUUUUCCCUGGAUUCCUGAGCCAUCCAAUGUUCUCUUAUGUUGCUCCUUUCUACACCGAUCUCAGUCGUCCAGCAGACUUCUCCCUCAAUCACACGGUUAACCUCUACCUGUCACCGCAGGAAGGCAUACGUCUGGGAAUAUGGCACACAGUUCCAGAAACCCUUUGGCAGGAAGCUCAGGGGAAGGAUCUGGGAUGGUACGAGCAGACCUUACAAAACGGAGCUCCGAUAUUCAUCUACCUGCAUGGAAAUGGGGGCACGAGGUGCUGCACUGAGUCAGGCGCCACUCACAGAAUUGGAGUGGUGAAUCUUUUGAGUGCUGCUGGCUUCCAUGUUUUCUCACUGGACUACAGAGGUUUCGGAGAUUCCUCUGGUGAACCGACUGAAGCAGGCCUGACUACUGACGCCCUCUAUCUGUACCAGUGGGUAAGAGCACGCAGUGGGAGCAGCCUGAUUAUAUUCUGGGGACAUUCACUUGGCACAGGAGUUGCCGCUAACACUGCAGUGAGACUACAAGAACAAGGAACCACUAUUGAUGGAGUCAUGCUAGAGGGAGCAUUCUCAAAAAUACCGCCUGGACAAGAAGGAGCCCACCAUCCAUUUGCCUGGUUUUACUGGAGAUUCCCCUAUUUUGAAUAUCUUUUCCUGGACCCCAUGUCAAAGAACAAAGUGGUCUUUCCAAGUGGCGAAAAUGUUAGGAAGAUGAAGUCUCCUCUGCUGAUUCUUCAUGCUGAAGAUGAUCAUCUUGUACCAUUGUUCAUGGGUCAGGAGCUGUUUGAGAUUGCACGGAAUUCACGAAACUCAGAUGAAGAUGUCAAGCUUGUUCCUUUUGAGAGAUCCCUUGGAUACCUGCAUAAUGGAAUCUACCGGGAUCCUCGACUUCCUGACAUCAUUAAACAGUUUGUGUCUUCAUUGAAAAAUUGAUGUGAGCAUCAUCAAGUGGAAUCAGCAGUCUAGAGUAUUGUAUUAAUUGUAUUUUUAUAUUAAUUUUUGUAUUAUGACUAACAUUACUGGACUUACUGAGUGAAUCCCACAGAUUACCAUCAUUCACAUAAGAAUGAUCUAUUUUAUGACAAAUAAAUUGUUAAAUAUGUAUUACA